AUGGUGACUUGGGCGAAAGCCGGGAUUUUCAAACCUAAACACCGUGUUGACCUAGCAUCUUUAUCUACCUCACCAUUACACCUUGCUCUUCACACCAUUUCUGAACCUAAAUGUGUCCAAACUGCCCUUCAUAAUCCUUAUUGGUUGAAGCCUAUGCUUAACAAACUCGAGGCUAUUUGCAAAAAUAAUACUUGGACCAUGGUUCCAAGACCGGUUGGUAAAAAUAUUUUUGGUUCUACGUGGAUUUUUAGAGUAAAAUAUCUUUCAGAUGGUUCAGUUGACAGGUACAAGGUUCGUCUUGUUGCAAAGGGAUUCUCUCAAUAUCCGGGCAUCGACUACUCUCACACCUUUAGUCCGGUUGUAAAGGAGACCACCAUUCUGGUUACUCUUUCAUUGGCAGUCAUUUAUGGAUAG